UCUUUGGUUUUCGUAUACCGCAACCGCAGUGAAGUUUAACAACAAAGUGUGGUGGUUGUGUCAUGUAAUCUGGGAAAGCUUUGAAUAAGACGUAGUGUUUUAGAGAAAAUGGUUGACGCUUUUGUUUUUCGUGCCAUACCUGUUUAUCACGCGCAGAUUGGAAUUAAUGAUACUCCAAUUACGAGAGCUCUUGAAGAAGGGCAGUUUAAACUUGCCCAACAACUUAUUCUCGAAAAUACGGACCGCAGCUAUCUUGAUGAAGGCCCUUUUGUGAAAAUACCAUUGGCACUAGUACUAUCAGGAGAUCCAGAGUUUAGAAAACAUCAAAGACAUUUGGGUUUAGCAAAGUUACUAGUUGAACGUGGAGCAAAUCCUAACUUACGCAUACCAACAUCGGAACUUCAGCGAGCAAGUCCAAGUCCUAUGGAAUACUUAAUAAACCUACUUAGUAGCACAAGGGAUGUUGUAUUACAACAAAGUGUGUUCAUUUCCAGUGAUCAGAGUGCAAGCCUAGAGUCAGGAGAAGAGGAAGAGGACAUCACUAAUCCAUUACGAACAAUAGGCCUUAAUGGUGAAGAGAGAUUAUCUGCCAGUGAACUUCGUGAACAGCUCCUCAUGCUUCUUGAUGUAUUCCUAGCUAAUGGUGGGGAUCCUAAUGUAACAACAGGCAUAGCAAACUCUACAUUAUUCCACAUUGUUUUAUCUGAGAAUGACCCAGAUAUGGAAGUGGCACUGAAAUUGUGUGAAGCAGGUGGAAACCUGAACAUUCCUAAUGGUCAUGGUACUACACCCUUAAUGGACGUAAUAUCAUAUGCUGAUGGUGAUGCAGCUCUUGAUAUUCUGCAGAGAAUUUGGGACAAAAAUCCUGAUAUAUCCUCAUUAGAGUCACAGAACUCUUCAAAUGAAACUGCAUUGUGGCGUGCUAUGCUGGCUGGUUCCCCUCAGUUGGCAAUGGAUUUAUUACACAGAGGUGCUGAUCCAGGACAUCGCGCAAAAGUGUAUGCUGCUAGGUGGCACAGACUACCUUCAGCAGACCAAACUAACAGAGGUUUUGGAGUGGAGGCGACCUCAAAUGGUGUUUCUGCACUCUAUGCACCUUUGUUGCAGCAGUCAUCUCCAUACAUUAAUCAUUCAUCAGUUUUCACACACUCAAGACUGGAAUCUAUAGAAAGACCUCUGCCAUUCAAUGUUAAUUUGAUGAAUAAAGUUAUGGCAUGUGCUGUUUACCCUGUUGUUGAUAAUACAUACACCUCAGAACUUUUCACUCCAAAUGUACUUGAAGAAUUGGAGAAAUUGCUGUCUAGUGAAACUAAAUUUGAUGCACAAGAAAUGCUGCUUAAGGGAAUAACAAUGCAAGAAAUAGGUAUACUGUUGUUUGGACAUGUAAAGGCAGGACUGCAACAAUUGUGCGUCCGGCAGAUCUUGCACCAUAUAUUAUUCGAGAAACCAUUGGCUCAGGCAUUUGAGUUGCUUACUAAUUUAAAAGGCGCAGAAGAUGAAACAAAAGAAGAAAUGAAGACCGCAGUCACAGUGCCUGCUGUAGAUGCUAUAGAAAAUUGGGAUGAUGACUUAAUUGAAACUGAUACUGUACAAGCUCGUCCAACUUUUGAAUCAAGUUCAGAUGACGUAAAUUCUGAUCUGUCAGAAUGUAGCAAAGAAUACUGUGGUGUAAAUCCAAAUUUGAUAAAGGAUCAUUGGAACCUAAUACAUAAGCUGUGUCCUUCUGUCAUUCACGAAUUAGUUGUAUCUGUAUUAAACCUUCCCACUGUGUUAGUUCCUCGUUUUGAAAUUGAAGCUGCACGUUUACAAUUUGGUGCUUCCAUGUAUACAUAUGAACAUGUGGGGAGCAUGGUAGACUGGGAAGGAAUGUCUUAUGAGGGAUCAACAGAGCAAUUUUGGGAUAUUGUUGAUGAUGGAGACUUUGACAUGACGUACGCAAGUGACAGCUAUGAUGAAGAUGUUGAUGAUGACUCUGACUACUGUUUGUUUGUCCGGCAUCCACCAAUCUCUUGUAAUUCAUUCCCAUUAAUGCCUACUACUUCUUCUUCGGAUGAAGAUAUCUUAUAUCCUUGCAAUAAUGAAUCCGCUGCAACUGAGGCAGUGACAGGUAUCACCCAAGUACAGAAAACUGCCAGAAAUGUGUCGUCUCCAUCAGAAUACAGUGAAGUUGAUCAGAAUAGCUUGGAUAUUGAUGCAGCCAAAGACAUUCAUGAAAGUGAAAGUACUAAUUCUGGAAACUGUAGUUCGGGAGAGCAAGUUCCAUCAAGUGUGCGAAGGGAUGAGUAUCAGAAACUCAACUGUGAAGUUUGCAGCUGCAGCACCAGCUCCUCAGAAACUAGUUUCAAUAAUAGUGCAAGUAGUAAUGAAACGACAAAUUCAAGAUGAACUUAUAUGGACAAUGUAAAAAAAACCUGUGAUCUGCAUUUCUGUUUAAGGUGGAAAGUGAUGUAUUGGACUUUGAAAGGCUGUGAAUUUAUUAUGGAACUUACAUAAAACUUUUUUUUGCUACAAUCAUUUUGUUUAUUAAUUUCUCUUUGUGUGCAAUCAAAAGCAGGUGUUUGCUAAUGUCUACUAUUCUAGAAUAUUUCACUGAUUGGUGGAAGGUCCCACGCAUUGUCAAGCAUUUUGUUCCACAGGAAAAAAAUUAAUAAUAAUAAAUAAAUAAAUGUCUUGUAGGUGUAAUGUAUGCAUGAAAAUCUAUGAAUUAGACAUGUACUGUGCUAUUAA